AUGUCCUCUGUUCAAAAUCAAGCUAACAAGUCGGCUGAAAUUAAACAAAAACUGUUGUCGCCGCAAGUCUCGCAGGUUCUUAAACAUGUUUGGAGAGCAGCGCAUGCUGCCGUCCUGGCUUUCGCCGUUAUCUUUACCCUCUCCUUUAUUAUUUUUAAGGGAGGUUCACUCGUUGGCCAAAUAGCUUACCGCGGUCUUUUCCUUUCAGCUACCACGGUUUAUACACUUUCGCUUUUCCAGCGUUUCCAAGGCCAGAUUCCCUCCUUUUAUGUCUUGCUUCGCAUGGACUCCUUCCAGUACGGUUCUCUGGCCUUUUUCUGGCUCUUCACCAGAUGGCAUUUGAUUAAGAUUAUUCCAUUUGUUUUUUUCAGUGGUAUGCACAUGGCCGAGUAUGUGGCGGAUGAGCUCAAGCCAGGAACAAAAAUCUCAGAUGACAUUCACAAGCUUGUUUCUGAGCAUGGUGCUACUCUUUACAGAUACACUGCCUGGUGUAAUAUAACCAUUUUUGUGCGUCUCUUUAUUGACUGUCUCUUGCUCCGCCACGGCUCUACAGUUUCGCUAUUUGUUUUUGCUCUCUUUUUCCGUAUUCGCGUCGCUUACUCCCCCGUUACGCAACAAGUUAUUAAAGACCUUUUGGGACACAUUGAUACCCUUGCAAAUAAUCCCAAGGUCCCAGCCAAGGUCCAAAGUUACUGGGCCCAAAUUAAGAAUGCGCUUGAAAACUAUGAGCCCACCUCUCUUGAUCCUAAAGCUGCUCGUGAGCACAUUGCUCGUCUUAAAGCGCUCCGUGAAAAAGAAGCACUUGAGGAAAAGCUUGCUGAAGAAAAGUUUGAAAAGGAACACUAUAAAUAA